CAAACCUUUUAGUAGUCACCACUCGGGUGUUUUUUUUCUAAGUUCACUUAGAUUUGACUAAUGGAGUCCCCAAAACAAAUGAAUCUAAUUCUCAUAGGUAAAACUGGAAAUGGAAAAAGUGCCACUGGAAAUUCCAUACUGCCUCACUCGAGAUUAUUUAAGUCAAGCUACAACACGACCUCUAUAACAAAAUAUCCUCAAUACGAGGUUACUCAUUUCCAGGAUAGAGUGAUCCAAGUUGUAGAUUGUCCGGGUGUUCUAGACACGGACCUUGAUGAGAAAGGUGGCGAAGACCUUGUUAAAGAAGCGUUGCAGAACGCUAUCUUAGCUAACCCAUCAGGAUACCACGCUUUUCUUAUUGUGGUUAAAUUUGGUAACCGGUUUACUAGAGAAGAACAACAGUGUAUCGAGAUUAUGAAAGAGAUUUUGGGAGAUGAUAUAAUUGAAUCCCACGGUAUUGUGGUAGUGAGUAACGGGGAUACGUUUGAUUAUAUAAGUGCUGAAGAAAACAUUACCUUUGAAAAAUAUUGUAAGGAAGAAACCGGUCUAUUUAAAAAGCUUCUUAAAAAUUGUAAUAAUAGAGUUGUUCUUUUUAAUAACGUAACGAAAGUUGAGGAAGUUAAAGAAAAGCAACUUAAAAAGUUAGUUGAGAUGGUCGACGCACUAAACACCGAAGGUAAAUGCUACACAAAUGACAAUUUUCGAAAGGCUGAGCAAAUACGAAAAACAGUGUCAUCAAAAUCGCCUAACCCCGUGGUAGAGAAGAGAAUGAUAAUUGUCCAAGGGAUUAUUUUGCAGCGAAUGUUUGAAAGUAAAAGUAUGCAAUCUGUGAAAGAUCAGUUAGAAAUAUUAUCAAACUUAAAUAAAAGUAUUAAGAAAUUAGUUAAAGAAAUUGUGGAAAAAGACAAGGGAAUAGGAAAGUUCAGUAAAUUUAGAAAAAACGUAGAAGCUACUCAAAAACUGAUGGAAAACAAAAUUAAAACACUAGAAGAAGGAUAUAACUUAACAGAUUUAAUUGAGAAGGAACAUCAAAUAGCUUGCGUUGAAGGUGUGAAGGAUGAAAUAGAAGAUAGAAAUAGUACAGCCAAAAAGAGAGACGAUGACAAUCCACAUUCAGCAGAACAAAAACUUAAAAAUUGCUCACCGUAUCUUCGAGAUUGCAAUGUUGAAGCAAGCGACAUACAAACAGAAACGCCAAAAGAGCCAUUUGAAUCUCAAAGUAGUUCCAAUACUGAACCUAAAAUCCCCAGAGGUAAAUCACAAGAAAGGAGAAAACGGGUUAAUAAUUCCUGCAUGAUGGAGCAAGAACGAGCUGAAACUAAUAUCAAAACAAACGAUCUGGAUGCAGAAAGUCCAAAUACCACAAGUAUGAAAAGACAGAUCAACAAAGCGGGGUACACUUCAUUAAUGACUGCUGAAGCUGAUAACGCUGAUGUUGAUUUUGAAAAAGAGUUAAAGAUUCUGGAAAAAGAAUUUAUGGAACUUAAACGUGAAUCUGACAUGGGAAUCAUAGAUAGAUGUCUAAAACAUUUAAAAGCAGUUGGGAAUUUAUUUGUUUGA